AUGGCGCUCCUAGUAGCAGCAAUCUGGCUCUUGUCAGGUGCGUACUGGGAAGGACAUGUCCCAUGGGACACUACGCGAUAUGAGGUGGAACCGACAUACACCAGAGAGAUCAUCAUCCAUGAUUCAAUCCCGGUUCCGUACUCUUACCCCGUCCCACUUGUCAGGACCGAGACGGCGACGGUCGUGAGAAGGGAGACGGCCACUGUUACUGUUACGGCGAGCAGUGGGAAUGAGAGUUGGAGUCAAGGUUAUGUGUAUGCAGGUUCGGAUGAUGUCUUGAAGGACGUUUGGAGUGGCUUCGGUUGGGGCGAGAAGCUCUUCUGGUUUGCUGAGUGUUGUCUUGCUUUGAUCGGCGCGUGGACUAUAACGCAGGCGGUCUUGCAAUGGAUUUGGCCGGCACUGCAUCAGGGUCAGCAACCUCCAGUUGCCGGUGGCGGCGACGGAGGAGGUCAAGGCGGCCCGGGAGGUGGUGGUGGUGGUGGUGGUGGUGGUUCAGAGGCUGGGAACGAUGAUGAAGUCGAAAACCUGCGGUCACAGAACAAGAUAUUGAACGACCAAGUCCAAGACCGAGACGAGCAGAUCGUGGGACUCAACACACGGAUUGACGGACUUGUCGAUGAGAAUCAAGAGCAGGCCGACACCAUCAAACACCUCAAAGCGAAAGUGGAGGAACAAGCCGAGGCCAUCAAGAGACUCGAUGACGAGGUCGACGACAUGCUGAAGACAGGCAACAUAGCAGCUGGACCAGCGGCUCAGAGGCGACUGGUCAAUGCUGAUGGCGAGCGAGUUACUCAGGAGGACUACGAUGAGCUCCAGAGGAACUACGACCUCGUGCGGCAAGAGAGAGACGAAAUACUGAUUCGACUUCGGGACCUCAAGACUCAGGACAAUGAGGAUUCCCAGGGUAACGAUCCAGACGCAGACCAUGAAAAGCCAAACGACAAGGACAACCUCCAGCAGAAGAAAAGACCAUCCUUCUUCGGCGGAGCCCAAGACGCCAAAGACAAGCCCGACCCCGAAGCAGCGGCAACUGAGCAGUCGAAGAACGUCAACGAUAGAGAUCGGCUCAAGCAAUACAACAAGGAGUUGCAGAAUCAGGUCAAAGCAUUGAAGCAGGAGCUCAAGGAGUGUCAGGAGCAUAGAGGGCUCCAGCGUGGACCACGAAGUGGCGAUAAGGACCUUAAGGAUGCCAACGAGCAAUCAGAGGCUGACAAGAGAAAGCUUCAGCAUGACUAUGAUGCGCUGAAGAAUGAGCUCGAGGAUACGUCCCGCAAGCUGGCUGAAUGCGAGGCGGGGAAGCAGUCGCAGAAUGGUCCUGCGAGUGGAGACGGUCCUUCCAAGGGAGAGUUCGACAAGCUCAAGAAUGGUUUCGAUGAGCGGGAGAAGGAGGUUAAGAAGUUGAAGGGCGAGGCGGAAGUUCUGAGUAAAGAGCUGGGGGAGGUAAAGCACAAGCUCGAUGUAUGUGAGCAGCACAAGAAGCAGCAAGCCGAGCCCGAAAAAGGGGGAAAUCCAUUGAAAGCUGAGUAUGAUGCGCUCCAGAGUCAGCUUCACCAGCUCGAAGAGGAGAACGAGAAGCUCGCAUCCGACAGAGACCUACUGCGCAUUCAGCUCGAUGACCAGACUCAUAAGCUGGAGCGGUGGAAGGCGAACACUCCAUUACUAUGGCUCGCGAGCUGGUCGAAGGAGGAAGAAAGGUCUACAUGGCUUCCAGAGCUCGCAGCUGCCGAAAUACGAGACCUGGAGGAGGUAAUCUAUCGACGUGCAAAAAGGAAUCACGAGUUGGAGGUCACGCUCAGAGGUGUAAAUCGUGAGCUGGCCAAGUGUAGAAAGCACGAGCAGGAGCAAAGUGAGGUCCAAGGCAAUGAUGAUCAGUCGAAGCCUAAGCAAAAGAAAUCCAAAAUCGACAACGGUGACUGGGCUCAACAGAUGCAGCAAGAAGCUCAAGCCAAGCUUGAUGAGCAGAGGCGUCAGAUGAACCAUCUGGAGAAUGAGAACAGAAGGCUUGAACACGAGCUUGAGAUUGCGAGGCAUGGAAGACAGCUUAGAAGCGAUGAGACGGCCAACAAUGCUCAAGCUGAGGACAACCGAGUCAUUCCUCUGGCGAUACAUCGAGAGCUGCAAGCCGAGUGCGACAGGAAACACAACGAGAUGCGCAGGCUGGAACGUGAGCAGGAGGCUCUAGUGGGUGAGAACUCACUAUUCGAAGCACGAAUCAGGAACGACCUGUUAAACCCAGUUGAUGUCGCCACUGUUCCUCUAUCGCAGUACGAAAAGCUGCAGAUGGAGCUGCGGGAUGCUAAGGAGCAAGUGGAAGAGCAAGCGGAAGCCCGACAGGUUUGGGAUGACGCGCUCGUUGAUGAACUAUUUGGGUCGCAGAACGCCAAUGACAGUGAUGCUUCAAUCGUACUUGAAGACAACUACAACGCUAUGCCCAUCAUCAGUCGAGCAGAGCAGCGACGUCGAAGCGAAGCAAGGUCACGCGCCAACAACAAUGUGCUUAGGCUGAGAAUGCCACGGGUCAGAGAUCCUGCCGCUCAGACGCAACGCGAGCAAGCUCCGAAAGAUCUCGAUGAGGCUCGCAAAGAACUUGCAAAGCUGAGCAAGGCGUUCGAAGCGCAGAAGAAGAAGUUGGAGGAGUGUGAAAGCCAUCGAAAGGGGCGGAAUUCUUCGCAACCGAACACGCCAGCCUUACCUCAGUCUCAGUCGGCAACGCCUACCCCGCCGGUAUCCCGACCAUCCAAUGCGCGACCAAGACGUCUUCCCAAAGGCGUGGAUGGAGAACUGCUCCAUGACCUACGAGUCGCCUUGGCGGAAAUAUUGAACAGACCGGGUUUCAGAGAACUGAGGGGUGCUGAUUUCAAUACCCUAAGGACGCUGCUCUACAUCCUUCCAAAGACAGAAAAGGGAGGAUGGGAGACGAGGCUCCAAUCUAGUUCUCUGCUCAAUUGGACGAACCCUAGCGAGGCUGAAGUUUUCGAAUCGCUCGCUACAAGCGAUGAUAGACUCCGUGUGAUAUUGGAGUGGCUGUCGCAAAAUCAAGAGCUUGUGAUAUUCCCAGACCCCGAGUCAAAGGCAAAAGGCAAAGUGGAUUUUGUACGAAGGCGCCCAAGUCCUGGCAGUCCUGAUGAUAGUUGGCAGUCUUCGGAAGAUGAAGAUUCUCGGGCUGGGGGUGACGGUUCUGGUUCUAAGCCUGGAGACAAGAAAGCCAAGGAUCAGAAGCCCAAAGAGGACGAAGACAAAAACGACGACAACGACUCCAAGGCUAGACACAGGCAGGGUCGAGGAGGCUCAUCAUCUCAGCGAGCAGGAACUGCAGAUGGCGCGCCUCCCACGAGCGAGACUGGUGAUCAGGAGUUCAAGGAAGACUCGACUCUCUUGGACGACUCCGUUAAGACUGAGAACAACCAGAAGUCGGAGGAGCAGACUUCGAGCGAAGAUUCAACACCAGCAGCAGGUACCCAAGAAGCCGCGAGUGAUGCCCUAAUUGCCGCGGAGACUGCACCCUUUGGCGGCGAACCGCAGCAGAACGACCCGCUCGAGCUCCUAGAUCUGUUGGACAGCGAGCUACGCCCUGUGCUUCAGGCGCCAUUGUUCAGGGACGGAGUCUUUAGCAUCAACGAACUGGUCACAGCGCUGCGAAGCAGAUUCCAACUGCUUCCACAAGCAAUACCGCACUUCACGGCUUCCGAGGUGCAGCAAGACCUCCUCAGGCUGAUGGAUAAUGACGCCAGUAUUCCAUUGGAGCGCGUAGACGAGCACGAUCUCAGCCUCGAACGGCCACAUGGCUUUCAUGAGAACGGUGUGCCACGAAAUGUAGAUCGACUUCGCGUUGUGCCAAACGCGCCGCUUUCAGACCCAGCCAGUCCCUCGCCUGCUGUCGCCCGCAUCUACGAAGUCGCUCAAGAAGCUGUUGAGUACAUCCGCUCGCGGCAUGAGUCCCCCCGCGAACAAAACUUUGCCGAAGGAGACUUAUUCAGAUCUAUGGAUCAUCCAGAUAUCGCUCAUCUGAUCAACGAUCGGGCAAAAGCUCUCUAUGCUGCACAUAGUGACCAGACCAGCACGAGCGGCCCAUCGGUCUUGUUCGGAGAUCAUCACCUCCCGCAGGCGGUGCGCUAUCUGUUGAUGGUUGACCCAGCUUGGUGGCAGGGAUCUACGGUCCAGGAGGCUGCAGACACUCUCCGCCAGUGGAUGAAUGCUGCUGAUGAGGUUAUUGCUGGAGACAACGCCCCGGCAGCCACCCCGGUCGCAGCAAUAGCAGCAGAGGAAGGGCCCAAGCAGAACGAUGAACAGUUGUCUGUCGACGUGAAGUCACCCACUGCACAGUCUGAAGACAACGAGACCGAUGCCAAGAGCGCGAGUCCCGCUAGUACUGUAUUUCACAUGUCGAAGGAGAAUACUCCCCAGAGCCAGCGGUCAAACGCAAACACUUAUGAUGCGAGACUCGACAAGAGACUUGUGCAGCCGGAGUGUACUUGGUUUCGAAGGUGGGAUCCGUUUGCAGGGCGAAUGUACUACGUGCAGACGAGCGGCAGGCGGCAGUGGUUCUCGCCUGACAAGUUUGAGCAGGACCGGGAGGGAGGAGAUGACCACAACGAUCAUGACCCACAGCGAAAGCUUGAAGAGCCACCACGGGUGCGACGUUGGUUCGUUUGCCCUCUUCGCCCUACGCGUGAUGGGGCCCCGGUGAAGACGUCCUUUCACGAGACCACUGGCCACACCCAGUGGGAAAAGCCAGCCGACUUUCGCUCCGAUCAAUGGGGACGCGACGACGACAUCUCACGCCCGCUGGGCAGACACGAGAAAUGGCACAUUACCAAUGAGACGUGGAGAGAACGGCACCCAGACAUCACAUGGCAACCUCUUCACUCUCGAUGCCGGUGGAUCAACGGUACAUUCAGGGACCACUGGCGACAAUACCCCUGCCCCAGAUGCGGGGAUACCGACAGAUCUGUAGCACCACACACGGUUGAAAAAUGCCCGGUGCCCGAAAGCCAGGCGCUGACCAUCCACGAGCAGGAGCUUAUGAAGCUGUACCAGGAUCAACAAAUCACUCGUGAUGGUCUUUACUACUUGUUCAGCAUUGUUGGCCCUGGUGAUCAGACCUCAGAGGGCUUCUUCCCCUGGCCGCAAUCCACACAAGAGGAUGAGGCGCGCAGACAAGCACAGUAUGACAUCGUCUUUCUGAGACGAGAUCGUGCCAAUCAAGGAAGAGCUCUUGAUGAAAUUCGCAGAUGGGAAGACAGAAUGGCCCGCGGCGAAGAGGACGACAUCGAUGAGGCUGACAACGAAGACGACGACAAUGAGGACCCUUUCAUAGAGGCUAAAACGGAGGAACCGCCGUCGAAGGGCUCUUUGCAAUUGAACACUUAUGGACAAGGUGGCCACGGCUUGAGUUCGGGACCUUCCUCUGCACUGAGUGGCACUGCGCCAAGCUUUACCCCUUCUGGAGCAACGAGUAGAGUGACAACCCCAUUGCCACCCAUGGUUGUUCCUGACCUAAGCCAGGAAUGGGAGGCAAUGUAUAAUUCAGGAGAACGCUACGCAAGCAUGACACCAGCGGGUCGAGAAAACUACUUGCGAGGUGUUUUGUCGCAGUGGGAGAAGACCCAUAAUUAUACACCUACCCAAGAACAGUUGGAUAAGAGUGGCGGAGGGCAGCAGGACACAACCACCACGGCACAGGUAGUCAAUUCUGCGCAAACUUCGAUUUCAGGUGCGACUGGGGAUUCUCAACAGACUGUCGCCGCUUCGGCGCCAACUUUGGCUUCGCCUGCCAUGGACAUCACGACACAACUUCUGCCAGCUGCGCAGGAUCUGGAGGACGAGAGCUCUGGUGAGCUUUCUACGCCUUCUAUAGCGCCACUUGCGGCAAGAAGCACCCAGCCAGCGGUCGAUGAAACUGUCACCAGUGGCAGCGCUACUGCCAGACCAUCGGAAGACAUAUACGACUCGCGCUGGGCGACAGAGCCUCGACCUAAUGCUACAACAAAUCUUCCGCCAAAUGUUCCGACUGGCCCGAAGGACCCUAAAAGCAGUGGCAAGCAUCGAGGAGCCGUCACAGGGACUUCGGACAGUGGCAGUCCACUAGAGAAGCAAAGUCCUAGCGGCCUCACGACUCCACAAGGUCGCAGAGCCAGCGAAGAUCUCAAACGCGUCCGGUCGUUAAAGAAUACGUUCACUCCUAGGGGAAAUUUGGGCACGUCUGAACGCCCAACGGAUUUCUCGAAGCCUAGAACUACAGCUCAAGAGUAUGGCAAGGCAUCCUACAAACCUGCGGGCCCUUCGUCAGGAGCCGUCAAUACUCCCACAACACCUGGUAUGAUGCAUCCUCCAGCUGCAAGUUAUCUACCUGGCCCAACCACCAGGCCAAGUGAAAAUCCGAACGUUCAACCGCACCGGCCAUGGGAGAAUCGCGACCAAGCCAGUCAACCUGCCCAGUCACAAGGCAGUCUGCAGCCCGCCUCUGGGCAUGGCGGCGCCACUGGAGCUGCCAAUAGCCUGUCCUCAAAUCUCGCAGCUACUCAGGAGCAGGAGCCCCAACGUAACGUGCAACGUUUUACCGCGCAUAUGGUCCCGAGGAAACAACUGGUCAACAAGCUCCCAUCUUACGAAGAGAUUCGAGCUCAUAUCCGAAGGAAUCCAAAAGGCCGUAACAUCAUUGAUAUCUAUCUAUGCUAUGGCAAUGAGAACCUCAUACCAUUCUUCAAAAAGGUCAGGGAGGUAGCCUUUGAGCAAGGUGAUAACUUCAUCCUUCGCGAUGGUUCUGACUUGAUUUCGACUCCUCCCGCGUCACCGGUCCGAGACGGGCCCAGCGAGACCCCUGGAGAAGACUCAGAGCGCUCUAGCUCUGUCAUUGACGUUCUUGACCCUAUCACCGACGAGGAGAUAUGUGAAGCAGUCCACGAGAAUGACUUGAUCGCUUCAUUGCGUGAGCGCUUCAGCCACAGGUGGUCAAGUGAAAGCGACUUCGUUCUGCGAAUCCUUGAGAUGGGCACAGUGUCCGGAGACAGACUAAUCUUGAAUGAUGAUACCGGAUCGAAGCCUGCUGUGCUCGCGACAGCUUCACCCAUAGCUGCACAGAAUGAUGCUCCUGCUUCGAGUGAGUCAAUACCUCAGACACAAACAUCUGCGCAAAUCACUACGAGCUCGACGGAACCACUCGUUGAGGAAGGCAACCCAAACCUGCCUCCUGCUAACGACCAAACCUCCCCUACAGUCCCGAACGUCACCUUGAGUACUUCUGUCAAACCAGGGACGACCGCAAGAGAAGUAUCUACCAUUGUCGACCAAAGUGAAGCUGACAAUCAAGCCACGCUCGGCAAUGACACCACGCCUUCAGAUGAUCGAAACAAGGACGACCUAAAGACUACCAGCUCAACAGUAGCCAGCGAAGAUGCAAAGCAAGACGCUUCGGCUCCCAGCUCUUCGCCAGAAGCAGAGCUUAUGUUGACAGCAUCAAAGGCGGAGGACUUGCAGAAAGACUCUGCAUCCAGAAAAGAGAGUUUAGAGGCUUCCCGUCCUGACAAUGCCUCGCCAUCGCUACUGGCGAGGCAUAUCAAGGGUGACCUUAUACUGCUUGAAGACCUAGAGGCCCCCAACUUUCCCACAAUCGACGAGGUUCGAGCUGCAAUUGCAGAGAAUGGGGACAUAGGGGUAUUAAGCGAACGAUUUGAGAACCGAUGGGGCAACAUUAAGGGCAGAAGCUCGUUCUGGGAAAUGUGUAGGCUCGUCUCGAAACAAAUCAGCGGAUCCAAGUUCCAGCUAAAGGAAGAGCCAACUGCGCUACCAGCUUCGGAAGCUGCGCCACAGCCAACGCCUGCUGCCAGUAGUCAGGCUACAAACGGAGCGCAGACCGAGCCACCUUCGUCUGACGUAGUCAAACCUGGCAUGGAUUCAUCCAUAUGGGCUCCAGCGGUGGAGACGGCCUCGUCCACUUCUACUGCGCCGGCAGAGGAAGCUCCGCUGAAAGGAUCCCUUCAGCCAGUCGUUACCACUCCGACGAGUAUAGGGACCGACCAAGCAUCUGACGGCGUUGUCGGAGGUCCACAAAGAGCCCCUCAAACAAAGCCUCCCGCCGGCGCCCCGACGGAUGACGAGAUCAUCGCAGUGCUCAGGACAAACCCCUUAGAUACCGAACUAAGGGCCCACUUCAGCAGUAGAUGGGCUGAUGACAAUGGAGAGUAUCAAUUCUGGAAGAGAGUCCACACCAUGGCCGAGGAAGAGAAGGUCAGAGAAGACGAGGGACCCAAGGCAGGGAAGAAGAGGGCCAAAAGAUAUCAGUCCAUCAUCCGUUGGAAACUGCGAGAGGCAGCCGCAGGUCAUCAGAAAACCCUGCCUCAUGCUACUCAAUCCAAGCAAGAUCCGCCGCCGGAAGACAAGAAACAACAAGAGAAGCCGGUCAACCCACCUACAGCAGCUACUUCGAGCAAGAGGCCAUCGGAAGGAUCGUCUCAAUCUGAGCCAAGCAUCCCUCCGUUGGAAACUACGAAGGCCAAAUCGACAAAGGGCUCCUCUGAAAGUACCAAGUCGACCGCAUCGACCACUCAGCCUAGCAGUUUUCCAACCACGGAUGAGCUUCGCGCUGAGCUCGCGAAGAGACCAUCUCUUGCCGAAUUCAAGGCGAAGUUUGAGAAGAGAUGGGGAAACGAUGCCGGACAUGACGAGUUCUGGCGGCAGAGCAAGGAAGAUGGGUACUGCGUGAGUCCGACGAUACCUCUACGCAAAGUCAAGCCGAUCAAGGCCACAGACCAGAACCAGCUGCGACUGCCGCAGGAUCCUCUGGUGGUAUCUUCAAUUCGAGGUUUGCAAAUGCUCCGGACGACCCGGCGCCAGGAGGGAGGUCUGAUGGAGGUCGAGGUCGAGGCGACUCGCGUAAUAGCACACGUGGAGGAUCGCAAAAUCGAGGAGGAUCGCAGAAUCCAGGAGGAUCGCAUAAUCGAGGGGGAUCGCACAGUCGAGGGGGACCGCGGAAUCGGGGACGAGGUGCGAAUAAUAACGGACGAGGAGGCGGCAAUGGUCGCGGGCAGCGAGGUCCAAGACAUCAAGGUGGAGGAGGCGAGUCGAGGGGCAGGGGUAGAGCCAGAGGUUAGUAAGGGAAGCAGGGUACACCCAUCUGGAGGAGUGGCAUCAUUGUUUGUGUAG